UUUCAAACCGCCUGAUCCUACUCAAGAUUCAAGCCUUUUGUCCAGGCGCGCUGUAGCUGCUUGAAGCGAAGUGGCGUGUGAACGUCUCGGGUUAGCGGUGGAUGUUUACCGUGUUGCUCGCACGCUACUAUCAAAGCUGCUUCGAGGGUUCUGGGCAAGGGACAGGAAAAGAACUUUCACUGGAAGAGGAAUUUGGACUAAUGGAUAAUCCGGAUGAGACUCAAAUCGAUCCUGAAGUGCGAGCACGGUUUCAGUCAGCCUCUGCAUACCUGCCAAGUGUAGUGGGACGACUUGACCGAAGUCACCUGGUACAAUUCUAUGCGCUAUUUAAGCAAGCUACUGUAGGUCCCGCAAAAGCUGACGAUCGACCUUCGUUUUUUGACGCUAAGGGAAGAAUGAAACAUGAUGCAUGGGCGCAACUGGGUGAUAUGCCAAAAGAUGUAGCCAUGAAGACGUAUGUUGCAAAAAUGGCGUAUAUGAAUUUGGGCUGGGACCCAACCGUACAGAAUACGUCCCAUGGUGGAUUUGGAGUGCGACCAAGUCGGCCAGCUUUUGUGAGCGAAUCAUCUGAUGGCAGCGCUACAUCUGUGAGUGAUCGUGAAGCCUUGCUCUGGUUUACAGCAGCGAAAGCUGAUGAUGUCACUACGAUUACGGACAUCUACAAUAGGCGUCCGGAACUGAUAAAUCAGACCGACCAACACCUAGGGAUGACUGCCUUACACUGGGCGAUAGACUCUGGUUGCGACAAAGUGGUACAAUUUUUAAUCAGUAAGGACACUGAUGUGAAUGCAGUCGAUCCGGAGGGUAAUACACCGUUACAUUUUGCCGCGUACUGCCAUCGUCAAACUGCUGCUGAAGUUCUGAUCUCAAAGGGAGCUAACCGAACAAUCCGCAAUAACGACGGACAAACUGCUGCCGAAGUUUUUAACAAACAGCAUUGUAUUUGCAGAACUCUUAUAGGAAAAAUGAAGGCAUUCGUACUCUUCGUUUGGGCCACAUUUGUCGCGACUGUAUUGACAGAAGAUGAGCCUGCAACUCAAUUGUGGAAUAAGUAUACUAACCAGAAUGGAAACUACAUUAUUCCAUAUCAUUUCUCUGGCGUAUACAGUGAUGAAGAGCGCUCAAAGAUUCUAAAUGCUAUGAAAAAAAUUGCUGCUAACACAUGCGUUGAAUUCAAACCUCGCAAAAACGAAGAAGACUAUGUCGAUAUUAUCAACGCGGAAUCGGAGGGAUGCGGCUCGAAUGUAGGAAGAAUUGCAGGAAGGAGCGCCGUAUAUCUUGAGUCAAGCAAACAUGAAAACUGUUUGGAUGCAAAAACUAUAAUGGUAAUGCUUUUGCACACUGUCGGACUUAGUGGAGAGCAUAUGCGAGAGGAUAGAGACAAAUACAUCAAAGUUCAUUACGAGAACAUUGCAGAUCCAAUGCUGAACUUUUUCUUUGCGGUAGCUACAUCGACGCAAAAUUAUAUCAACGUUCCCUACGAUUACCUUUCUAUCAUGCAUAAUGCAAAAGAUGCUUACGCAAAAGCAGGCAAAGUCACGAUCGAGACUCUUGAUCCUGCUUACCAGGAUAGAAUUGGAAAGCCAACGGAACCAUCCGCCCGCGAUUACGAAAAGAUCAAUGUUCUUUACGAAUGCAAAAGAUCUUAAUUAAGCAUGUUUGGAUAAAGCUACACACUUGGUC